AAAAAUGCAAAAAACAGACACAAGAUAAUUCAUGUCAAAGCACUAAACAUUAAAAAAAUUGAUUAAUAAAUCAUUAGUCCUUGGAAAGUGAAGAUUUCCACAGAAGAGGACGUGUAGAGAUAGGAAUGAUCCUCAUCUCACUCUUGUCUCUAAUCCAGUACAUCAAGAUUUUUACAGCAGAAAUUGUUUAAAAUAUUCAUCAUCAUCAACCAUCACCAGCAUCAUCAUCAACUACAAAUUGCCAGAUAGUGGUUUGGGUUAAUUUGCUUGAACUGGUCUAAGGAGGUGAGAGAUGAUGGUGAUGUAUGGGGAGUAGAGUGGGUUUGGAAGAUGAGAAGGAAGCCAACGGGAUGCUGAGCUUUGAUCCUCAAUUACCCAUUUCAAAUGCACUUGGCAUAGAGGGAAGCACAAUCCAUCCAUAUCGUGUCUCUGGUUUUGGGUUAUUUGAACAAUCUGUUGCAUUUCACUUUGAGGAUGUUGUUGACCUGAGUACAAAUACAGUGUUCAAUUCUGCAAAAGCAAGUAGCCAAGAAGUCUCUUCUGAUCCCCUCAAUAUUGGCACUUCAGACAAGUUAACUACUUCCUUAAACAUUAAUCCAUCUGCUGCCCAAGUGGAGUCACAGAGAUUGCCUCCAGAAAAGAAGCAACAGUUGAACCUGGUAUCCAUAUCUAGUGGUAAUACAGAGAACUGGGGAGAGUCCAAUAUGGCUGAUGCCAGUCCAAGGACUGAUAUAUCAACAGAUGGAGACACUGAUGAUAAAAAUCCGAGGUUUGCCUAUGGUCAAUCUAAUGCUGUUGCAGUUUCCGAUUCCAGUGACAGAUCCAAGGAUAAAUUGGAUCAGAAGACUCUUCGUAGACUUGCCCAAAAUAGAGAAGCUGCAAGAAAAAGCCGGUUGAGAAAGAAAGCCUAUGUACAGCAACUGGAAAGUAGCCGCUUGAAGCUGACACAAUUGGAACAGGAGCUCCAGCGAGCACGCCAGCAGGGAGUAUUUAUAUCUAGCUCAGGGGACCAAGCCCAUUCAAUGAGUGGAAAUGGGGCCAUGGCAUUUGAUGUGGAAUAUGCGCGGUGGCUGGAAGAGCAAAAUCGACAAAUUAAUGAGCUGAGAUCAGCUGUCAAUACCCAUGCGGGUGAUACUGAACUUCGCAUUAUCAUUGAUGGUAUAAUGGCUCAUUAUGAUGAAAUUUUUAGGCUAAAGGGAAAUGCAGCCGCUGCUGAUGUUUUCCAUUUGCUAUCUGGCAUGUGGAAGACACCUGCUGAAAGGUGUUUCUUGUGGCUUGGUGGCUUUCGUUCAUCAGAGCUCCUGAAGCUUCUCGUGAACCAGUUGGAGCCUUUGACUGAGCAGCAGUUGGUUGGCAUAGGUAAUCUGCAGCAAUCUUCCCAGCAGGCAGAAGAUGCUUUAUCUCAAGGAAUGGAGGCAUUGCAACAGUCCCUGGCUGAGACAUUGUCUAGUGGAUCUCUUGGUUCAUCCAGUUCUUCUGGAAAUGUAGCAAAUUACAUGGGUCAGAUGGCCAUGGCCAUGGGCAAGCUAGGGACCCUCGAGGGGUUCAUUCGCCAGGCUGACAAUUUGCGGCAACAAACGCUACAACAGAUGCACCGAAUAUUGACAACUCGCCAGUCAGCUCGUGCGCUUCUUGCCAUCCAUGACUACUUUUCCAGAUUACGUGCUCUUAGUUCUCUUUGGCUUGCCAGACCAAGAGAAUGAACAUUGCAGAGCGGAAAAAUCGAAAGGAUAUUCCAGAUCUAGCAAAUAUCGUUUCUAGUGUUCAAUAUAUAUUCUCCAACAUUUCUCAUCAUGUAGUUUCAGAUGUGUAUCAGGAAGCUAAUCUGUAUCAGCCACGCUACUCAUCUUUCUCCAGUCACAGGAUUUUGCUACUCCAGUAACAUAUAUAUAUCAACGUUAAUUAUUUACAUCCUCACCUUCCUUAUCUUUUCAAAUAGGAAUUUGGAAAUUUGCUGUAACUUAUUUCUGUUAUUUGAUGAAUUUGAAAGUUGGGAUAAAACAAAAUGAGUUGUUCAUUAUUCA